AUGUCUGACCUUCAACCCAACAUUGCGAAACCAGCUCCGGGGCCAGGACCCAAUGCGACAGCUUCUUGCGGCCAUGCUUCGUCUCGCGCUGAAUGGAACCGUUUCCGACCGCUGAUCAAACGGCUCUACAUCGACGAAGAGAAGACCCUGAAAGAGGUGAUGGCAGUCAUGGAACGAGAACAUGGCCAUCGAGCAACUGCCAAGAUGUACAAGGACCGCAUCAAGAAAUGGAAUCUGGACAAGAAGACAAAAGAAGAAGAGGCCUGGGCAAUGUUGAGAAAGCAAAUGCAGAGAGAAGCUGCCGGCAAGGAAUCGGCUUUCAGGGUAAGGGGAAAGGCGGCUACAAUUGACGAUGUUCUGCGGUACUUUAAGCGGAAAGGGAUU